UAAAACUAUGAAAUGUAGUAAAGACUCUCCUGGUUAUCAGGUCUGAGUUCCGCUGUUUAAGUCAUGAUGAGUAAAUCCUCAAUAUGGCUCAUGGUCGCGCAGGAGAAAAGGGAUUCGGGCAGGAUGGAUGGACUGAGGGGGAAGGGGAAGAGUUUAUGAGUAACGUUAGAGAGUAACGGGUGAUCGAGAGCGAGUCAGUCACAACAAUUCAGCGCUUCACAGAGAGGAAGCCGAUCUAACGUGCUUCAUCUGUCACACGGCAGUAUUAAAGGGACAAACACACUCCUGGAGGUUUCUGCCCAGGGGAUCCGGGGACGUCAAGAAGUUGCUGUUGCUAGAGGCUUGCAGUCACUUCCACUCCAAGACUGUCCUGCAUAGACUUAAAACUUACUCAGUUUAUGAAUCAGAGUCCCUCACACACACAGUCAAGCCUAUAUACAAACAUUCAACAGACACCUGUCAUACACGCAUAACCAUUCAUACAUACGCCGUCAUGGCCAAUAUUUCUCCAUACGGCUGCUUCACGCAUGCUGUGGUCAGAGGUAUCCCAGAAUCCUUUGGGAAGUUGGCGGAGGGCGGAGAAGGGUUUCAGACGGACCUCGCCAAGGCCCAGCGUCAGAUGGGGGUGCUGACAGGCGCGCUGAGGCAGAAAUUGGGGCUGCAGUUGAUAGAAAUCCCAGCAGUCUCCGAGCUGCCGGAGAGCUGGAGGAUCGAAGACGUGGCUGUGAUCCAAGGUGACACGGCGCUCAUCACACGACCCCUCAAACAGCAGAGACGCAAUGAGGCGGAGGCGGUGAGGCGCGUCCUGAGCGAGCUGAAGCUGACGGUGCUGGAGAUGGGCGACGAGGAGGGCGGGUCUGCUGGAGCAACUCUAGAAGGAAGUGAUGUCCUCUUCACUGGAAAAGAGUUCUUUGUAGGCAUUUCGAAACACACCAAUCACCGUGGGGCAGAAGUUUUGGCUGACACCUUCAAGGACUUUGCGGUGUCCACUGUGCCGGUGUGUGGAGGCUCUCGUCUGAAGAACAUCUGCUCCAUGGGUGGCCCUGAUACCAUCAUCAUCAGCAGCAGUGACGGGGCCAAGAAAACACUCCGAGUGAUGGAGCAGCUGACUGACCAUCACUAUGAGAUCUUGUCUGUACCCGAGGAUGUCGCUGCUAACUGCAUUUACAUCAGAGGUCCUGCUAAAGUGGACUACCUCCUGCACCCCACAGCGGAGGAGUGUCCCAACAGUAUUCCUGCUUUCCAGCGUUUGACAGACUACACCCUGCUGCCCACCGCCUGCAGCGAAGCCUCCAGACUCGGGGCGGCGCUGUCCUCCCUUUGCCUACUCAUCAACAAGAAACCCAACUAUUGAGACACUCAAGUACAAUCAUUGCAUAAUCAUAUUUACUUUGUUUUCUUAUGCAUUCACUUCAGUCUGAGGUUUUAGGGGCAGAAAUGGCCCAGUUAGAACUGGUUUGCUGUUGUCUGCAACUAUCCAUAUGUUUCUCUUAUGCUUUAAUUCCCAAGCUCAGCUGCAGGUUUGUUUGGAUUUUCAGAAUGGACACACAUUAUGAGAGUAAAUUAAUAAAUGGCCUUGAAAUAAACAACCUUCUCUCACAGUGAAACUGAGGGGUUAAAGUGAUGGUUCACCCCAAAAAUAAAUUCUUUUGCUCUUUACUCCUUGGGUGUUUUUUGUUCAAAUUCAGGGCUUCUCCAUUCUGGACCUCAAGCUCCAGCCUUGACCAAACUUGCCAGCCUCUAACUUUUUUAGCAGUCCUGAAGACCUCGAUCAGCUUGUUCGUGUGUGCUUGAUCAGGGUUGUGGACCUUGAGGGCCAGAGCUGAGAACCCCUGCUCGAUUGACUUACAAGAUGUGUAGUUUCAUGGCUUCUGUAGGUUUAUUAUUCAAUGAUUUAAUAUCUUUUCCACCCAAUUAAGAUGGGCAUGUUAGUGAAUAAAUCAGAUUAUAUAGAUAUCUGUAGUGUGGCACAAGCACAAAACCAGUUUAUUUCUCAUGAAGGUGUCCGGGAAGAGAUGGGUUUGGGUCAUUGAUUUUUACUGUACUUAUCUAACCCUAAUCAAAGCCCACAUAUUAACCUGUGAGAACAUCAUUGCAUGUUCAGACCACAACAUGUUAACCUGUGGGAAUGUGAAAUAGGUUGUAUAUGAGGCCACAAGCUUGUUUUGUCAAGGUAACAACAUCCUUACUGUAUGUUGUGGUGUCACUCUAAUGUGUUUUUCAAUUGUUACGUUACUGAUAUAAUAGUAAUGCAAAAAGUACUAUUGUUUUUUUUUUCCAUUUAGGUCAAAUACCUUUUAAAAGUAAUUAGAUUAACUAAAUCUCUAUUAAAGCAAUGCAGUGAAUGAGAAUUGUUUGCUCUCCCAGUGGUUAAAUCAUAGAAAAGAAAACAAUGCAUUCAUCUCCAAAAAGGCUCAGAUGUAAGAUAAAUAAUUUUGAUAUGUAUUAUUCCAAUAAAAAUUUACAAUUUAAAUUAAAAAAUUUACAUUUUCUUGUACAGCUUUUUAUUAUUUCAGGAAAAUUCCACAUAUACAAGCAGGGUCAGGGUCCAUGACAAAUUUAAUUAAUUUCCUCCAGGAGACCAAGGCCUACAGCACCUGUUUGGAGAACAUU